AUGUCUUCUCAGAGCAAGCCCAGCAUUCCCAAUAUAUUUGAGGAUUCCGAGAGGGUAAUCAAUGUGCUGAAUUGGGAAAGUCACAUCACCCAACACCCAGGUACUUACAAAAACUGCUUCGUCCGUCGUUUCACCCAUGUCAAAAAUCUGGAAUCCAGUGUUCUCCAUGAGUAUCUAAAUGUCAUCGUGGAGGAUGAGGCCACCGAUACAUGGACUCGUUUGAUCGUCGAACGUCAAACGGACCAGGACCAGGUUAUCGUUGGCCGAUGGUCAGCCACCAAAGGCUACCAUGAGAACUGGAAACCGGAAGACUGUUUCUACCGCUCGCACGCAGUUGCAAUUGGUUCCAGCGGCAGUUCCAGUGGCAAUUCCAGCGGUCCAGCUGGAGAUUUACCUCUCCCUUUAGCCACGCGUUCUUUUCAGAAGGGCAAAUUCGGGGUCAAAGAGCUUGCACGAUUGCUCAGAAAGACACAUGAACUUCACCCCCGUUACAGUCUCGCCUGGUACAACUGUUACUGGUACUCGUAUAAGGUCUUUGAGGGGGUGAGAGCCAUCAGCCAUUUAUCAUUUGACGACCAUUUCUGGGACUACUUUUCGUGGAGAGGAAAGCCGUGGCGUAUAAUAUUCGGAGUUACAAAGGCCGUCAAACUGGCUGCUAGGACAUUUAAGAUCUUACGUCGCCAUCAGCCUGUCCACGGGGGCCCACCUGACCCCCGCGAUCUUGAAUUUGACAUUACCGACAUUGCCUCAUCUGCCGAAGAUUAUGACAAGUCACUGAGGGAGAUCAUCGAUAUCCUAAAUAAGAACAUCCCAAAAGAAUCUAAUGCGGAUACGCCUGAGGCGAACGCUGCCAUUCAAGAGUUUGUCAAUGAGACAAAGGAGCAGAGUAACUGGGAAUCCUAUCGAGAUAUCGGCAAGCACAUUGCAUAUUCCACUGGCUGGAAGCCUAUGUCCGAUCUUCCCAUUAAACCCAUUCUCGAAAACCAGGAUGAACUUUUGGAGGCCCCAACUGAUGAAGAGUCUGUUGCACUUGACGAAUCUCUUUUCGUUUUCCUUGGCCAACUGCACGAAGCGAACCUUGACGCUGAGUGA